UUCGCCACAUUUCUCUUCCCAAAAAGCCCCAAUCCUCCCUACAAUUCACCUGCCCUGCCCCAAAACCCUAAAUCGACCUUCCGUUGCCCAGAGCCAGCAAACACAGAGAGCUUCGUCAAGCCCUAAUGGAUCACCAGACGCCGCCGUCGGAGGCCACGGAAUCGCUAUCCAUAUCGUCGCCUAGUCCAGCCGCCGCCGCCUCCUCCUCCCCCUCCAACUCCACUUCCGAGAUGACUGUGGAAGAGAAGUUCAGGAUCGUGAGGAGUGUUGGGGAAGAGUGCAUUCAGGAGGACGAGUUGCUGAACCUUCUCUCCAAGAAACCCGAACCCGUUUGCUACGACGGGUUUGAACCCUCGGGUCGGAUGCACAUUGCUCAGGGAGUAAUGAAGAUAAUUAGUGUGAACAAACUGACUUCUGCUGGUUGCAGAGUAAAGAUUUGGAUUGCAGAUUGGUUUGCACAAUUGAACAACAAAAUGGGAGGUGAUUUGAAGAAAAUCCAAACUGUUGGACAGUACAUGAUUGAGAUAUGGAAAGCUGUGGGGUUGAACCUCCGAGGAGAUAAAGUAGAAUUUUUAUGGUCAUCACAAGAAAUUAAUGCCAGGGCGCAUGAGUAUUGGCCUCUUGUAAUGGAUAUUGCUAGAAGGAACAAGCUUCCCAGGAUAAUGAGGUGUGUCCAGAUUAUGGGUCGGAGCGAGCAGGAUGAGUUGACUGCAGCUCAGAUUCUCUACCCAUGCAUGCAAUGUGCUGAUAUAUUUUUUCUUAAGGCUGAUAUCUGUCAGUUGGGCAUGGAUCAGCGGAAAGUGAAUGUUCUUGCAAGAGAGUAUUGUGAUGACAUUAAGAGGAAAAACAAACCUAUCAUAUUGUCCCACCACAUGCUUCCUGGUUUGCAGCAAGGGCAAGAGAAGAUGUCAAAAAGUGAUCCAUCUUCAUCCAUCUUUAUGGAGGAUGAGGAGGCUGAAGUAAAUUUGAAGAUAAAGAAGGCGUACUGCCCUCCAUUGAUAGUUGAAGGGAACCCAUGUCUGGAGUACAUUAAAUACAUUAUCUUCCCGUGGUUUCAUGAAUUCAAAGUCGAACGUAAUGCUGACAAUGGUGGUGAAAAGACGUUUAAAAGUUACGAAGAAUUGGUUGCAGACUAUGAAAGUGGGAAGCUGCAUCCCGGUGACCUGAAACCUGCUUUAUCAAAAGCAUUAAAUAAGAUAUUACAGCCUGUCCGCGAUCAUUUCAAGAAUGAUCCCACUGCGAAGGACCUAUUGAAAAGGGUAAAGGGAUACAAAAUCACAAGGUGAUGGAACCAUGAACAUAUGGACGCAUUUUUCUCUUGGAGGCUGUUUCAUCAAAAGGGUCUGAACCAAGAUUUGCUUUUUCUCAGUUACAAGAACCCUCUCUCUCUCUUAUGGCCACACUACUUGCAGCAUAGAUAUUGUCCUUCUAUGUAUACUUAUUUUUCCAUAACUAACGGGGUUAUUUAUAUAAUCUUUCAAAUCAAGUCCUCUGAUUCUGAAUUCA